AUGUUCAGAUGCAUCUGUAACCUAGGAAAACUACAAAAUGAGACUGCAUCAAUGUCGUCUGUAUAUCGAUAUAGUAGUACGAAUCUCUCUUUGAAUGCUUGGAGGGCAUUAGAUGGGAAGUUCCGUGACCACAUGAAGGGUGAUUGUGCUGGUACAAACGUUGAUAGAAAAUAUACAUAUGCAUGGUGGAAUAUUACGCUGUCACCUAUGAGUAUAAUUUACAAAAUCAACAUCAUUUUCAGAAAAAAUUAUACUCGACAUUAUGGUUACUACGUAUACCUUAAUGAGGAGCCUGUUGACAUCAGUGGUCUCGCCAGUCUACCUGCCGUGUAUCGGGGUCACCUGGUACACCCCAGUACACAAAACGUCAUCCUCUUCCCGGAAGGACACCAAGGGAAGCAGAUGUACAUUUAUCUGAACAAAUCUAAACCUGAAAAAAAUGAUGAAAAAAACAACAUCCUUGACAUUUGUGAAGUAGAAAUACUAGGUGCUUUAAAGACGGAGAUUGCUUUUCCCAGCAAAGAAAACAACAUUGCUAUUCAGUGCUAUUCGAAAUAUAUCAUUAUUCUAAAUGUAUCAAGUCUUCAAGAAGAAUGUAAUUUUAAAAGGAAAUGCACAACAAAUACUAAAGAUAUUGGCCAUACUAUAUUUUUCCAAUGUUCUGAGUUCUGCCUCAAUAUUACAUUUGAUGAGUUGACAACUGAAAUUGAAGACAAUUCGAAAGGGUACUACCUAGAGGGUGAAAACGUCACACUCCGAUGUAAAGAUAACCAUACGCUCUCUAGUGGUAAUCUGACGAGAAUGUGUAAAGGUAAUGAGUCGUGGAAUGGUGAGGAGACUGUUUGCAAAAGAUUUUGCCCGAAUGCAACAUUCAAUGACAGCACAACAUUGGUUAUUCAACAAAAUCUUUAUGUUCUUGUGGACCAGAACAUUACUUACAAGUGUAAGGCCAACCAUCGACUGGUGACUGGCGAUCUGACACGACAAUGUUUGAAUGACAGUGCAUGGACAGGUUCUCAGCCCAUUUGUAGGAAAUGCCAGUGCCCCUGCAAGAUGAUUAAAUCUCAAAACUACAUCAAAGACCAUGAAGUUCUUGGCAAAGUAAUUGAAAAAAGAAAGAAAAUGCUGGAAGUUAAAAAAAAUGAACUUUCAUCAACAAUUCGGAAGAAAACAUCAGCCGCGGAUGAAAGGAGAUCGGCGCAGGGAGUCGGGAUGGUAUUAGGAGUGGGAUUGAUUACUUCUGUUUUGUCAAUAAUAAUCUGCAGUGAUCUCCCUUUGUUAUGUAGGCAUAUUAGAUAUGGACCUCAACCACAAAAAAGAAAAUGUAGGGCCCGAAAAUAAGACG